AGAAGACUUCCGCGUUUCUGUUCAGCACACAGGCGUGGUAAAAAAAUGGCAGAACAAAAUUCAGUGCCGAGUGAUCUUUACAAGCAUGUAUAUUCAUUUCUACUAGAGAACAAGUUUACCAAGGCUGCUCAGCACUUCAUCAAGCAAGCUAAAGUGCCACCCCAGAAUGAAAAACAAGAUGCCGGUCUGCUUGACAUAUUCAACUUCUGGGUGAAGUCUCCUGAAGCUAAGAAACGGAAGGCGCUGCCCAACGAUCCUGGAAUAAGUGACAGGCCGUCUGCUAAGAAGGCGAAGACUGCGGAGAGCUCCAGUGAGGAGUCGAGCAGUGAGGAGGAGGAAGCUGCAGCACCUGCCAAGGCCACACCCACAGCUACAGCGGCCGAGUCCAGCAGCAGCGACGAUUCCAGCGACGAGGAGGCCGCAGCGAAGAAGCCUGCAGCAGCCAAAGCCUCAGUGAAGACCCCUGUCGCGGCAGCAGCCAAAGUCCCAGUGAAGACCCCUGUCGCGGCAGCAGCCAAAGCCUCAGUGAAGACCCCUGUCGCGGCAGCAGCCAAAGUCCCAGUGAAGACCCCUGUCGCUGCAGCAGUCAGGAAAAAGGACUCCAGCUCGAGCAGUGAGUCAUCUGAAGAUGAGGCUCCAGCUAAAUCCCCUGUGGCUAAAGGAAAAGCUGCAGCCGCGACCCCUAAGGCAGGGACGACCGCCAAAGCAGUAGCUCAGAAUAAGGCUGAGACCAGCAGCAGUGAGGACAGCUCCAGUGAAGACGAAGCGCCCGCUAAGACCCCUCCUUCUAAGACCCCUGGUCCUGUCAAGACCCCUCCAGCUAAGACCCCUGCUAAGGCAGCCGAGUCUAGCAGCGAUGACUCUUCUUCAGAUGAAGAGGAGACUCCUCCCAGCAAGAAGGCCAAACCAGGUGAAUACAGUGCAGUUCCACCCCCUGGAGCUGCCGUAAAGAAGGCCUUGGCUCCUACAGUGGCCAGAAAGGCCAAAAAGGACCGCUCCUCAGACAGCAGGGAGGAGGAAGUGUCAGCAGUCCCUGUGAAGUCUACCCCAGCAAAGACUGUGACCCCUAAACCUGCUGCUGCUGCUAAGAAGGCCGAGUCCAGCACUGAGAGCUCAGACUCUAGCUCUGAAGAUGAAGAAGCAAAAAAGGCUGCCCCGGCUAAGGCUGCCCCGGCUAAGGCUGCCCCGGCUAAGGCUGCCCCGGCUAAGGCUGCCCCGGCUAAGGCUGCCCCGGCUAAGGCUGCCCCGUCAGAAGAUUCUUCCUCGGACUCGAGCUCAGAGGAUGAAGAAGAGGUGACAGUGAAAGUGGCACCAGCUAAGGCGACUCCUACGGGGACCCCAGGCAAGGCUGCAGAAUCCUCCUCUGACUCAAGCUCGGAAGAUGAGAAAGAAGCUAAGAAGCCUGUUGCCAAGGCCACUCCUGCCAAGGCCGCCCCUGCUAAGAAAGCCGACUCGUCAAGCUCAGACUCUGACAGCAGCUCUGAGGACGAGGCCCCAGCCAAACCUGCAGCAGCUACCAAGAAACCUGCAGCAGCUACCAAGAAACCUGCAGCAGCUACCAAGAAACCUGCAGCAGCUACCAAGAAACCUGCAGCAGCUACCAAGAAACCUGCAGCAGCUACCAAGAAACCUGCAGUGACCCCCAAGGUCCCAGCCAAGGCUGCUGCAGAAAGCAGCUCGGACUCCGACUCUUCUGAAGAUGAGGCUCCAGCUAAGAAGGCUACCCCGGCCCCUGUUACUAAACCAGCCUCCCCAGUUGUUAAACCAGCUGCUGCAGAAAGCAGCUCGGACUCCGACUCUUCUGAAGAUGAGGCUCCAGCUAAGAAGGCUACCCCGGCCCCUGUUACUAAACCAGCCUCCCCAGUUGUUAAACCAGCUGCUGCAGAAAGCAGCUCGGACUCCGACUCUUCUGAAGAUGAGGCUCCAGCUAAGAAGGCUACCCCGGCCCCUGUUACUAAACCAGCCUCCCCAGUUGUUAAACCAGCUGCUGCAGAAAGCAGCUCUGACUCCGACUCUUCUGAAGAUGAGGCUCCAGCUAAGAAGGCUACCCCGGCCCCUGUUACUAAACCAGCCUCCCCAGUUGUUAAACCAGCUGCUGCAGAAAGCAGCUCUGACUCCGACUCUUCUGAAGAUGAGGCUCCAGCUAAGAAGGCUACCCCGGCCCCUGUUACAAAACCAGCCUCCAAACCAGCCUCCAAACCAGCCUCUAAACCAGCCUCCAAACCAGCCUCCAAACCAGCCUCCAAACCAGGCUCCAAACCAGCCACCCCCGUGGUGAAUAAACUAGCCCCAACCAAGGCCGUAGCCGAGAGCAGCUCCGAUUCUGACAGCUCGGAGGACGAGGUCGCUGCAGCCAAAAAGACCACCAAACCUACAGCCGUAGCCAAGACUCCUGCUUCAGCCAAGACUCCUGCUUCAGCCAAGACUCCUGCUUCAGCCAAGACUCCUGCUUCAGCCAAGACUCCUGCUUCAGCCAAGACUCCUGCUUCAGCCAAGACUCCUGCUUCAGCCAAGACUCCUGCUUCAGCCAAGACUCCUGCUUCAGCCAAGACUCCUGCUUCAGCCAAAGCUGCAGAGUCCAGCAGCAGUGACGACAGCUCUAGUGAUGAGGAGGAGGCAGCAACAGCCUCGACUAAGAAGGCAGCUACCCCAGCCUCGACUAAGAAGGCAGCUACACCUAAAGCCUCCUCCAACCCUGCUGCCAAGGCAACAACACUGGCUAAGGCUGUUGAGUCGUCAUCGUCCCAGGACAGUAGCUCUGAGGAAGAGGAGGCGAAAGCACCGGCAGCAGUCACCACUCCCAUCACUAACGGCAAGAGAAAGAGGGAUGGAGAAGACUCGUCUUCUGAGAGCGAGGAGGAGGAGGAAGUAACGACGCCUAAAAACCAGAAAGUAUUACCAGCACCACAGACUUACCCCAAAGUCUCUAAGAAGAUCAAUGUACCUUUCCGUAGAAUAGUAGAGGAGAACAUUGAAGUGGACAACCGUCUGGCAGACAACUCCUUCGAUGCCAAGCGUGGGUCGGAUGGAGACUGGGGCCAGAGGGCCAAUGACGUGCUCCGUUUCACCAAGGGGAAGUCCUUCCGUCACGAGAAGACCAAGAAGAAGAGGGGUAGCUACCGCGGAGGAGCCAUCUCCCAGUCCGUCAACUCCAUUAGGUUCGACAGCGACUGAGAACCUAGUCAUCAUCAUCAUCACCCCCCUCCAACCUGAUUGAGCCGAAACAUCAACUGAACUACCUACAGCUGUGUUGACAAGACGGUCACAUUGACAGCUGGCUACCUAUUGAUUUUAGUUCAUAAGUCUGUGUUAAAUCUUUUUAAAGGCUUUUUUAUGGGGUAGAAGACGACACAAGUGGUCCUGAAAUGGCGCCUCAUUUGCUUUAUAGUGCAGUACUGUUGAUCUGAUCUAGAGCAGUGCACUACAUAGGUAGUAGUGUGCUAUUUAGGAUGCUGUCUCAUGGGUCAAGGCUGCAGGGGGAUUGGUCUGUCUCUGUGCUUUAAACGUGGUACAGAUUACUAAAGGGUCCUUAGGCUGCAUUUACAACAUGGCCACCGGGUGGCGGUAGUAAGCCACCAAUUCUGUUAAAUAUCCAUUUAAAAGUGUAAAAUGUUUUUGGUCUCAGCCAUUAAUCUGUUGCUUGUUGUAAUAUUGUCAGCGCGGUAUCUUCCCCCUUCUGUCCAGUGUCUUUUCAGUAUCAACAUUUUGAAAUGCUCAGUUCUUGUUGUUUUAUCGCGGUUUUUGAGGAGGGUUACUUGAUUUUUAAUGCAGACCAGGCCUUUUGAAUGAUGCCGUCCUCUACCAGAUGUUGCCGUCCCCUACCAGAUCUCACAACACCUGGAUAAGUAUUCAACCAACGGUCUGGAACGUGUCCGUCAUUUAACAUCCUCUGCAGUCUCACGGAGACCCAUCACGGUUUAGAUAUGAAGGUUUUAUGUACGUGUUUAACUUGUUGUAAGCCGGGGAUCAUCCAACUGUUGUUACGAGCUCUAUAGUGUUGAAGUAACUCCCUGGGUCAUGUUCGGUAUGCAAAACGUUUGGAAACAGGAGAACACACUUGUUGUACAAGUCCAUGCAGUACCUACCUUUUUCUCUCAGUUAUAAAACAUUCUUCCCCCCCCCCCCCUCUCUACUGAACAGGAUCUGGGUGUAUCUGAAAUGGCACCCUAAAGUAGUGCACUAUAUUGGGAAUAGGGUUCUAUAGGGCCCUGGUCUAAAGUAGUGCAAUAUAUAGGGUUGCAUAGGGCCCUGAUCUAAAGUAGUGCACUAUAUAGGGAAUAGGGUGCCAUUUUGGACGUCAUCCUGGGGUUAAUUCCUGCUGAUGUGAGACUGCCCCCUGUCGGUCUGGUAGGUGGUUCAUCAUUGGCUGCUGAGGUACUUCUCUUGGCCCAGCAGCUUUGAUUGACAGCCGGAACAGCUAACCUCGAGGUUAUCAUUUUGUGAAUUUAAAUUUCCUGUUUCUACUCGAAUGUAACCCCUUAUUGAGUCUUGUUUAUUAUUGGAAUAAAAUACGUUUGUCCCAAUUU